GGCCGCUCUCGUCCCCCCCCCCGCCGCCUCCGCGCUGUCGCGACAUCUCGUGGCGGAAGCGGAAGCGGAAGCGGUGGGUGCGGGUGCGCCAUGCUGCAGCGGCUGCUCCUGCUGCUCCUGCUGCUCCGCGCCGUGUCCCGCGUCGACACGGAGGGGCAGCAGCAAGACGAGUCCAGCAAAAGUGAUGCAGGCACCGGCGGAGCGGGCCAGGCUGGAGCGAGCGGCGUGCAGGACACCGCCGGCGGGGAGCAUACGAAUGUGUCCAGCGGGACCGCAGAGCAGCACCCCGGGGCGGAUCACACGCAGGGCGGAUCACAGACGAGCAAUGGAGGGGUGACACAGGAGGACGCGGGAGCGCCCGGCACUGGUGAUGGUACAGGGAAUAGUGAUGGUGGCCAGGAUGGGCAGAGCAGCAGCACAAGUACCCAGGGCAACACACAGGGCAAUGGUGCGGGUGACAAUGGCCAGAAGCAGGGCAGCAGCAACCAGACCCAGAGCACCAGUAGCACGGACAAAGGCAACAAGGACAGCAGCACCCAGGGUGGCGGCAGCGGUGGUAAAAACCAGAGCAACAACCCCCAAAAUAACGGCAAGGAUGGGGCUGACAGCCAGCCCAGCAGCACUGACAACACUGGGAGCACAGCUGAGAACGGGGGCACUGGCACUGAGAACCAGAGCAAGAACAGCGACAGUAAGAACAGGAAUGAGGUCACUAACCAGGAGACCAAAGCCAAGAAUACGGGGAGCAAUGAUGAGGGCCAGGGCAAGGACGGGGAGACUAGCAGUGAGAAACAGGACAAGAACCAGGGCAGCACCACCAAGAAGCAGGGUAGCAAGAAUGGCAGUAGUGACAAGAGCCAGGCCAACAACGAGGAGACCGAGAAGGAGAAGAAUGAGGACGAGAACCAGGCCAGCAACCAAGACAGGAACAGUGGGAACCAGGCCAACAACGCAGACACCAACACCGAGAACAAGGAUGAUGAUGACAAGAACCAGGACGACAACCAGGAAGGUAAUGAUGGGAACCAGGAGAGCAACACCGGGAACCAGGAGAGCAACACCGGGAACCAGGGCAAUGAUGGGGACUCAUCAAGAGAUAAAAACGUGCCACCACAAUCAACUUCCUCCGCUGGUGAGGACGACACCUUCUUAGAGAAUGAAGAAGGCCCCAGGGAGGAAGAAGAGGGGGCUAAAGGCAGCAGCGAUGCCUCCUCCUUUGCUAAGGAGGGAGGGAAGAGCCUUCCUUCUCCCAGGGACCAGUCGGAGAGCAGCCACUUCUUUGCCUACCUGGUGACCACUGCGAUUAUUGUCGCUGCCUUGUACGUAGCGUAUCACAACAAGCGCAAGAUCAUUGCUUUUGCUCUGGAAGGAAAAAGGUCCAAAAGUGGUCGACGGCCCAAAUCUGGCGAUUAUCAGAGACUGGAUCAGAAGAUCUAGAUUCCUCCUCGGAUGCUCAGCAGAGUAAUGAUGGAUGGCGUUGAAAGUGCAGGAACCCCGGGACACCCGCUGCCUCCCCCACUGCAGCUGUGCACCAUGUUCAGGUUUCAGACAGCAGGAAGAAGAAGGGGAAAUGCUUUUAGUUUUGCACCUGCACCUCGGUAACGUUAAACCCCUCACUUCCUCAUAACACAUUUCUCCUUUCCCACCUACCUGAAGAUGAAACUGGCUUGUAGCCUGUGACCCAGGAAAAGCCAGUGCCCAGCACUUGACAGAACCUCUGUGGCCAAAUGAAAUGGAAUUUGCCAACUACUGUACUGACGUCUCCUCUUGGGGGAAAGAAAUUAUAUAUAUACAGAUUUAUCUUAUCUGCCUGCGAAAUGAGCCAUCUGACCCUUCCCCUUCCCGAGCCCUAGAGCUCUGGUUGUACCCAGCACCUCGAGACACGGACGUUCUCCUCUUCUGUCCACUGUCUUUGGAUGCUCAACUGCAGCGUGUGACCGACUGCACUGGUUUGGAAACGAUCCACUGAGGCCUCUGAUCUGAUCUGAUUUAUUUCCCUCUCUCUGUGGUGAAGACAACGUUGGGGUUUAACAUCCAGAUUCUCUCUUCCCUGCACAUAUUUUACACUUGGGUCGUAGCUUAAACUUCCUCAGCUGCAUCUUCUGCUCCCCGCAGGGCUUUUUCCCUUCCUGCUCCCUGCGGGGCUCUUUCCUUCCCUGCUCUCUGCUUGUCUCUUCCCUCUCACCCCCUAGAGCUGUUUGCACUAGUUGGCAGCUGCAGUCCAAUGCUAUGCAGGAGGGCAGCUGAGGAAGCUUCGUGCCAGCUUGGCACGGUGUGGUUGUAGCAGACCUCGCCUGGAAGGUGGCUUCCCUCCCCCUGGUAGAUGUCAUUCCGCAGUGGUGUAAAGUGUGUGAUAACCUUGAAGCGUUGGGAUGAACAGAGCUUGCACCCUUCAAGCCUCUUCCUAGGAGGUGCAGCACUGAGGCCCCAGAAGGAAGCCAAAGGAGCCUCCCAGCCACGGAGCUCGCUGCCACCGGGCGCUCGGCGCUGCCUCCUGCUCUAGUGCCCUUUCCCCCCGGCUGAGCUGUGAGGUGGCAGCUCGGCCCCUGGGUUGCACAAGCCUUGGCAGAGCUUCUUGCCUUGCAAAACCGCAGCACGUCUCCUGUGCCCGCAUCACCACCGACUCCUUGAGCCGGUGACCGAUGUGAGGGGCUCCUGGUGUCACCAGCACAACCUCUUCCUGCUCCUCGGCUCUGCUGGCCCUGGUUUUGAGUGCUUGAAUGUAAUGUCACCAGCUGCUGGUCCCUUUGGUGCACUUAAACCAGGGUUGGGGCAUUCUGGGGUUGUUUAAAGCUGCCAAACGUGGUGAUUGGGGAGUUUACAGCUCUGAGGUGUUUGCUUCUUAUUGUAGUUCUACUCCAAAGAUGUUGUGGGAGACGGGAUGUUUCCACAGAGGCCAUGAAGUGCCUGCCCAGCUCGUGCUUGCAGAAGCUAUUUUGGAGACCGGGAGUGUGAGGUGGAGGGAAGGGAAAGGAAAACAAGGUUAGGAAUGUCACCCCGGGGGGGAAUGUAUCUUUUUGGAAGGAGCUCCUGCAGCAAGGUGCCACUCUUCAGAGAUCCCAUAGGAUAAGGCUGAGGCUCUGGUUGUGUGUGUGGCUGGUUUAUGGACAGGAUGUGGAGUGGGAGGUGAUGGCUUUUGUGUGCUGACAGCGAGGAAGAGCCCCGCACUCCGCACAUGGAAUGCCAUGUGCUGCCGAGCUGCUCCCGCAGCGUUUUUAGCGUGUGCCGUUUUCCUGCUUUGCCUUAUUGGCUUUAACUGAAAGCAAAUUGACAAAGGGGUUUAUUUCUCACCAUCUGUUUGCUUUUCCAUCCCGUGAGCUUUCCCAGUCCUCUCUCCAGCCCAGGUAGCGUUGGGAAUCCCACUGCUGUCAGCAAAGGGAGCAGCGAGCUCUUGGGAGAGCGGAACCAUCAGACCCCAGCACCUCAAGCCCCAGGAUGGACCAAGCACGAGCAGCUCGUGCAUCAGCUGGACGAGGACCUUGGUUUGCUCAGUGCCAGGAAGAGGCACAGCUCAGGCCAGGCUAAACCAGGGGGGCUCCUCCUUGGAUCUCCCACCCCCCAUUCCCAGGGGUUCCUGGCUGAACGGGUGGAUGGUACCUCUCGGUAUCUCUUUGUUUUGGCCCAGUGUUGCUCCUUCGAGGCCGGCUGUGGGUUCGAAUGAGCAAAGAGUUUGUUUUCUGCUGCACUUUGCUUUGAAGGAUCUGAAGUUUUAUAUUUCUUUGUAGUUUUUCUUCUGGUUUCCUGUGUGUUGAAGUCAAUAAAUGGGUUUAAAACCAAAAA